ACGACGCAACGUCCGAAAGACUUGUUUGAUCAAUAAAACGAAAAUCAGGUCAAAUUUACAAUGAUAUCGCGAAUAGUGAGAAGCAAACCAAUUCUCAAGACACUAAUCAAGACUGCAUCAAAUAUUACGCAUCGUACAUGUGCAAGAGAGGUUUCAAAUUUUCAAAAGAGUUUUCACUCAUUUGAAGGUUAUGUGAAACAAACUGUUGGAAGAUAUUCUAGUCUUCGGUACAAGACUUUGGGACUGAUAUCCACUAACGCUCAUUAUUCCUCGCAAACACCUCCAACGUACGAACCUGAAUUGGAACUCAAUUCUGUGCAGUUUGAUAAGAUAAGCAGCGACACAUUGGAAUCGCUUACGGAGUACUUCGAUGAGCUGAUAGAAAAGGCGGGUCAUUUGGAAGAUGCUGACGUUUCAUACGGAGACGGUGUGCUGACUGUGAAAUUUGGAAAGAAGGACGGGACCUAUGUCAUAAAUCGCCAAACUCCCAAUAAACAGAUUUGGCUAUCCUCUCCGAAGUCUGGACCGAAACGAUAUGAUUUCGUUGAUGGGAAAUGGGUGUAUAAGCACGACGGAAAAACCUUGCACGAUCUCCUAAACAAGGAAAUACCAGCAAUUAUAAGAAACCAGGCAUCAUUCGACCGAUGUUCUUAUAGCGGGAAAGAACAAUAUUCUGAUAAAGGCUUACCCAGUUCUAUUCCUGACUAAUCUUCAUCCUUGCACUUCUGGGAAAUAGCAAUUUUCAUUGUGAAUCUUAUUUGUAUACACAUCGUUCAAAUCGAUAUUUAUAUUGCAAUAAACGUACGUUGCCUG